AUGACCGUGACUGAAAUAGGCUGCUGUGGCAUUAAGCCCGGUUUGAGAAUCAUGGACGAAUCGACACCAGAGGGGAAGAUUUACAUGGGAGUCUACAAGAAGUUGAAUGCUUCGCCAGAAGGCCCUCACCGGAUGUAUCUGAGUGUGGAUCUCGACGAGCCGUUCAAGGUGUACAGCCUUUUCGACUGGGACUCUCUCGAACACCACGAAAAGUUUGCCAAUACGUUUGGCGAGGGUGUCCAGGAGGACUUUGGAAAGGUCUUGACCCAUGGCGAAUACACCAAGCACAUCACCCCCACGCCGCCUCUCCAGGAAGCGCUGGAGUCUGCCGUGACUGAUGUGUUCCUCGUGCACUGCCCUUCGGACAUCUCGCCAGACGACAAGGUCACGACUGAGCUUCGUGGGAUUCUGAAAAAGGGGUUCGGUCAGCACGCCGACGUCACUGCAAUCAGCUACGGGUGGGGGGUAGAGAAUGACUUUCCUGUGUACGGAAUAGGCGGAGGAAUGGUUGGGUCGGUGUUCUCAGCGUUUGUUGGAUGGGCCAGCGUUGAGGCGAACACGACGUGUCGCGAGGCGGCUGCUCACACCGCGAUCCAAGAAUCGAUUCGAAGGCUGUAUGGCGUUGAGGCGUUGAAGGUUCUCCGUUCAAGUUGCGCAGUCCUAGAGAGAAAUGAUAAGAGGUGA